GCCGGCCGCGGCCGCCGGACCCCCCGCGCCCCCUCCAUCCCCCCAGCAUCAUCCUCAUCCUCACCCUCAUCCCCCUCCCCCCCGGCCCGCCAUGUCCUCCGCCCCCCCGGCCAAGUGUCCCUUCAAGAAGCGGGGCAGCCUCCAGACCCCCCUCCCCGCAGAGCUGCGGGGGGGGUCGGCGGCGCGGCCCCUGCAGUCGGCCCGGUCCCUGCCCGGGACCCCCCACCUCCUGAAGCACUUCCCGGUGGAUCUGAGGACUUCCAUGGACGGCAAAUACAAGGAGAUCGCCGAGGAGCUGUUCUGCCGCUCGCUGGCAGAGAACGAGAUGCGGACGGCGCCGUACGAGUUCCCCGAGGAGAGCCCGAUCGAGCAGCUGGAGGAGCGGCGGCAGCGCCUGGAGCGCCAGAUCAGCCAGGACGUCAAACUUGAGCCCGACAUUUUGCUCAGAGCCAAACAGGACUUCCUGAAAAUUGACAGUGCCGCCGACCUACAUUCCCCCAGCCCCAAUUCCCUCCCCAGUUCCCCCAUUCCUUCAAUCCCAUCUCCAAUUCCCAUUCAGCCCCAUUUGCCUAUUCCAAUCCUCACAUCCCUCAUUCCCAUUCCCUACUUGCCCAUUCCCAUCCUAAAUUCCCACUCUGCCCUCAUUUGCUCAUUCCCAUCCCCAGUUCCCCAGUUCCCCCAUCCCCAAUUCCCUCCCCAGUUCCCUCAUUCCUCCAAUCCCAUUCCCAAUUCCCUUUCAGCCCAUUUGCCUGCUCCCAUCCCCGAUUUCCCCAUUCCCAGCCCCUGUUCCUCCAUCCCAUCCCAAAUCCCCUCUGGCCGGGCCGUGGCCGGGGGUGGUCCCAGCCGUUCCCGUUCCCGUUCCCACAGUGACGUGUACCGCACCAAGGGGCAGUUGGCCAACUUCCAGGAGAUGCUGGAGAACAUCUUCCUGCCCCUCUACGAGGCCACGCUGCACCCGGCCCAGCACCCGGAGCUGCACCUCUUCCUGGAGCACGUGGACGGGUUCGACAGCGUGGACGACGAGUCCAAGCCGGAGCAUCACAUCUUCAACCUGGACAGCCCCCUGCCCGGGCAGUGGGUGGAGGAGGACAACCCCCCCUACUCCUACUACCUGUACUACAUGUACGCCAACAUGACCGUGCUCAACCACCUGCGCAGGAAGAGGGGCUUCCACACGUUUGUGCUGCGGCCGCACUGCGGCGAGGCCGGGCCCGUCCACCACCUGGUGUCGGGGUUCAUGGUGUCCGAGAACAUCUCCCACGGGCUCCUGCUGCGCAAGGCCCCCGUGCUGCAGUACCUGUACUACCUGGCCCAGAUCGGCAUCGCCAUGUCCCCCCUGAGCAACAACAGCCUGUUCCUGAGCUACCACCGCAACCCCCUGCCCGAGUACCUGUCCCGGGGCCUCAUGGUGUCCCUGUCCACCGACGACCCCCUGCAGUUCCACUUCACCAAGGAGCCCCUGAUGGAGGAGUACAGCAUCGCCACCCAGGUGUGGAAGCUCAGCUCCUGUGACAUGUGUGAGCUGGCCCGGAACAGCGUCCUCAUGAGCGGCUUCUCCCACAAGGUGAAGAGUUACUGGCUGGGCCCCAACUACCAGCGGGAGGGCCCGGAGGGGAACGACAUCCGCCGGACCAACGUGCCCGACAUCCGCGUGGGAUAUCGCUUCGAGACGCUGUGCCAGGAGCUCACCCUGCUCACCCAGGCGCUGCAGGGGGCCGAGCUGGAGCCCAUCCAGGAGGAGGGGGGCAUCACCAUCGCCCUGGGCACGCACUGAGACCCCCCAGAGACCCCCAGGACCCCGCGGGACCGCCCGACACCCCCAGUAGCCCCCAGGGCUCUGCCGCCAUCCCCCGACCCGCGGGCACUGCAGGGGGCAGAGCUGGAGCCCACCCAGGGGGAGGGGGGCAUCACCACCACCCUGGACACACGCUGAGACCUCCAGAGACCCCCCAGGGCCCCCCGACAUCCCUGAUGCCCCCAGGGCUCUGCCAGUGUCCCCCCACCCACAGGUGCUGAGCUGGAGCCCACCGGGGGAGGGGGCACCACCAUCACCCUGGGUACCCCCUGAGACCCCCAGAGACCCCCAUGAACCCCCCCACGAGACCACCAAUCCCCCCAGGGCUCCGAUGCCAUCCCCCCCACCGGCUCCCACCGCUGUCCCGGUGCCGCCGAGGGGGACACGGUUUGUUGGGUCCUCCUCAUUUCUGUCUGGUUUGGGGCAUUUUUUGGGUCUUGUUUUGUCAUUUUUGGGGUCUUUUUUGGGUCUUUUUUCUGGUUUUUUUAACUGGUGUUUCUUUGCUGGGUUGGGCCCUGCCAGGUUUGGUGGCGCCAGGUUUGGUGGCACCAGGAGGUGACAUGGGGACAGAGUUUGUUGGAUCCUCUCCAUUCUGACUCGUUUUGGUCAUUUUGGAGGGCUUUUGUUGGAUCUUUUUUUUUUUGUCUUUUCCUGCCUUUUACAACCAGUGUCCCCUCCCUGGGUUUGGUGGCACCAGGAGGUGACACAGGGACAGAGUUUGCUGAGUCUUCUCCAUUUCGUCUGGUUUUGCUCAUUUUUGGGGUCUUUUUUUGGUCUUAUUCUGGUUUUUAACAGGUGUUUCCUCACUGGGUUGGGUUGGGCCCUGCCAGGUUUGGUGGCACCAGGGGACACAGUUUGUUGGGUCCUCUUUGUUUCGUCUCAUUUUGGCCUUUUUUUGAUCCUUCUUUGGCCUUUUCCUGCCUUUUUUAACUGGUGUGUCCUCACUGGGUUGGGCCUUGGUGGCACCAGCAGGUGACCCAGGGGGGUCCUGCCUUCACCCCCCAUGGUGGGGACACAGUGACAGGUCAGGGGUCCCUGCUGGGGGUGUGGGGGCAGCAUGGGGGUCCCAACCCACCCCCCCAGCUCCUGACGCUCCUUGACCCCCCCACCCCCUCUCCGUCCACUCUCCCCCCCAGGGGACGUGGGGACAAGCCCAGGGGGCUCCUCGGGGACCCCAACGCGGGAUUUCUGCCCCUUCCCACGGGGGGACACGUCAGGGGGGACAUGGGGGGUGGUGCUGGGGGGGGAUCCCUCCUCACCCUCCCGGGGCUGAAGGCAAAGGGGACACGGUGACCCGUCCCUGGGCCCCCUUUUCCCAGGAUUUGUGGCCCGGAUGAGGCUUCUCCCGUCCCUGGGGGGGCAUCACCCCCCAUCCCUGCGACCCCCAGUCCGGCCCUGCCCCCCCGCGCAGCCGCAGCUGCUCCCGAGAAAACCUGAAAACCAACCAAAAACGGUUCAACCCAAACGAAACCCGUUCAGCCCAACCCCCGUCCCAGCAUGGAAAAUAAAGUAUUUAAGUACAA